AUGCAGGCUACAGGUAAAGGGAAACGAGGAAAAGGCCGAGGCAAGUCUCGCGGGAAGAAACAGAAGAAACCGGAAGUGGACAUCCUCAGCCCAGCCGCCAUGCUGAACCUCUACUACAUCGCCCACAAUGUUGCCGACUGCCUGCAGCUGCGAGGCUUCCGCUGGCCAGGUGCUCCCAAAUCAAAGAAAGGGAAAAACAAGACUUAA